GCUCUCAGUCUGGGGCGGGCGCUCGGGCUGCGCGGGCUCUAGGCAGCAGCAGCAGCAGCAGCAGCAUCCUCUCUUCCUUUACUUCCCUUCCGCUUCUUUCUCUUCCUUCUCCUUCUUUUUCCCCCCCUCCCCUUCUUCCCCUAACCCUUCCACCCCUCUCCUUCUUCUCCGGAGGGCGCUAAGUCCGUGAGCGGUGGCAGUUGCGACCGCGGGUGCAUCCAGUUUCUGCGCCCAGAUUAAGAUAAAGAAUCUGAAAUAACAGUUACAGUAGAAGAUAACACCACCCCCAGAUCAAUACUAUCCUCCUUAAUGCUAAAAGUAGUCACUUUAGAUUUUAUUGAUCUAAUCCAAAGUAUCUUAUAACUUCUGGCUGGAAUUAAGAUUCUUCAGCUUGUUGUCUCUAACCGGGGAAGCAUUGAUUGGGAGCUACUCAUUCAGAAAAUUAAAAGAAAGAAGCCAGAAAAUAUUAUCAACCCUUUGAGAACACGACACAACGAACUUUAUAUUUUACCACUUCCUUGAAUAGGAGAAAUAACAAGGCGUUGAAGAAUGGCAGAUGAACGGAAAGACGAAGCAAAGGCACCUCACUGGACCUCAGCACCGCUAACAGAGGCAUCUGCACACUCACAUCCACCUGAGAUUAAGGAUCAAGGCGGAGCAGGGGAAGGACUUGUCCGAAGCGCCAAUGGAUUCCCAUACAGGGAGGAUGAAGAGGGUGCCUUUGGAGAGCAUGGGUCACAGGGCACCUAUUCAAAUACCAAAGAGAAUGGGAUCAACGGAGAGCUGACCUCAGCUGACAGAGAAACAGCAGAGGAGGUGUCUGCAAGGAUAGUUCAAGUAGUCACUGCUGAGGCUGUAGCAGUCCUGAAAGGUGAACAAGAGAAAGAAGCUCAACAUAAAGACCAGACUGCAGCUCUGCCUUUAGCAGCUGAAGAAACAGCUAAUCUGCCUCCUUCUCCACCCCCAUCACCUGCCUCAGAACAGACUGUCACAGUGGAGGAAGAAGAAGAAACGCUAGAGAGUCGGAUGGCUGAGGAAGAGAAACCUGCCGCUCUUCCUGAGAAAGAGUGUGGGGCUGCUAAAUCCUCAGACCAACCCAAGGGCCUCAGUAAGGGCCAAAUGGAGUCUAGUGCGGAGGCCCAAAUAGUUCCCGAAGACAGUGCCCCGGCAGGGGCCCCACAUGAGAAAAGUGUAAAAGAGGUCAAGGAGGUGUCUCCAGAAGUAAAAACCCCUUCCUCCGCUGGGGAAGAUUUACUUACAGCCUCGAAGAUGGAGUUCCAUGAUCAACAGGAAUUGACUCCCUCUGCAGCUGAGCCUUCAGACAAGAAGGAAAAGGAGUCAGAGAAGCAAAGUAAGCCUGGUGAAGACCUUAAACAUGCUGCCUUAGUUUCUCAGCCAGAGACAACUAAAACUUACCCUGAUAAAAAGGACAUGCAAGGCACAGAAGAAGAAAAAGCACCCCCAGCUUUGUUUGGGCACACUCUUGUUGCCAGCCUGGAAGACAUGAAACAGAAGACAGAACCAAGCCUUGUAGUACCUGGCAUUGACCUCCCUAAAGAGCCUCCAACUCCAAAAGAACAAAAGGACUGGUUCAUCGAAAUGCCAACGGAAGCAAAAAAGGAUGAGUGGGGUUUAGUUGCUCCAAUAUCUCCUGGCCCUCUGACUCCCAUGAGGGAAAAAGACGUAUUUGAUGAUAUCCCAAAAUGGGAAGGGAAACAAUUUGAUUCUCCCAUGCCAAGUCCCUUUCAAGGUGGAAGCUUCACUCUUCCUUUAGAUGUCAUGAAGAAUGAAAUAGUUACAGAAACAUUGCCCUUCAUCCCUGCCUUUUUACAGCCAGAUGACAAAAAAUCUCUGCAACAAACCAGUGGCCCAGCUACUGCCAAAGAUAGUUUUAAAAUUGAAGAGCCCCAUGAGGAUAAACCUGACAAAAUGGCAGAAGCACCACCCUCAGAGGCAAUGACCUUAUCCAAAGAUGCUCACAUUCCAGUUGUAGAAGAACAUGUUACGGGGAAAGUUUUAGAGGAAGAAAAGGAGGCCAUAAAUCAAGAGACUGUGCAGCAAAAAGAUAGUUUCACCCCCAGUGGACAGGAACCUAUACUUAGUGAAAAGGAACCGGAGCUGAGGCUUGAAGAAAAAACCACCAUUUCUGAAAAAGAAGCUGUGCCAAAGGAGAGUAAACCCCGAAAACCUACAGAUGAAGAAACAGGCAUAAUUCAGACCUCCACAGAGCACACUUUCUCAGAACAGAAAGACCAAGAGCCUACCACAGAUAUGUUGAAACAGGACUCAUUCCCUGUAAGUUUGGAGCAAGCAGUUACAGAUUCAGCCGUGACCUCUAAAACACUGGAGAAAGCCAUGACCGAACCAUCUGCAUUAAUUGAAAAGAGCUCAAUUCAGGAACUUUUUGAAAUGAGAGUUGAUGACAAAGAUAAGAUUGAAGGAGUUGGAGCUGCAACAUCAGCUGACUUUGAUAUGCCAUUUUAUGAAGAUAAAUCAGGAAUGUCCAAGUACUUUGAAACAUCUGCCUUGAAAGAAGAAGCAACAAAAAGCAUUGAGCCAGGCAGUGAUUACUAUGAACUGAGUGACACUAGAGAAAGUGUCCAUGAGUCUAUUGAUACCAUGUCUCCCAUGCAUAAAAAUGGUGACAAGGAGUUUCAAACAGGAAAAGAAUCCCAGCCCAGUCCUCCAGCACAAGAAGCAGGAUACAGCACUCUCGCACAGAGUUAUCCAUCAGAUUUACCUGAAGAACCCAGUUCUCCUCAAGAAAGAAUGUUCACUAUUGAUCCAAAAGUGUAUGGAGAGAAAAGGGACCUCCACAGUAAGAAUAAGGACGAUUUGACCCUUAGCAGGAGUUUAGGACUUGGUGGUAGGUCUGCAAUAGAACAAAGAAGCAUGUCAAUCAAUUUGCCGAUGUCUUGCCUAGAUUCCAUAGCCCUUGGAUUUAACUUUGGUCGGGGACAUGAUCUUUCUCCUCUGGCUUCUGAUAUUCUAACCAACACUAGUGGAAGUAUGGAUGAAGGGGAUGAUUACCUUCCAGCCACCACACCUGCACUGGAGAAAGCCCCUUGCUUCCCUGUUGAAAGCAAAGAGGAAGAACAGAUAGAGAAAGUAAAAGCUACUGGAGAAGAAAGUACUCAAGUGGAGACAUCAUGUGAGUCUCCUUUCCUAGCCAAAGAUUUUUACAAAAAUGGUAAUGUCAUGGCACCUGACCUGCCUGAAAUGCUAGAUCUGGCAGGCACAAGGUCAAGAUUGGCUUCUGUGAGUGCAGAUGCUGAGGUUGCCAGGAGGAAAUCAGUCCCAUCAGAGACUGUGGUUGAGGAUAGUCGUACUGGCUUGCCCCCGGUAACUGAUGAAAACCAUGUCAUUGUAAAAACAGACAGUCAGCUCGAAGACCUGGGCUACUGUGUGUUCAAUAAAUACACAGUCCCAUUGCCAUCACCUGUUCAAGACAGUGAGAAUUUAUCAGGGGAGAGUGGUUCCUUUUACGAAGGCACUGAUGAUAAAGUUCGAAGAGAUUUGGCCACAGACCUUUCAUUGAUUGAAGUGAAACUGGCAGCAGCCGGAAGAGUCAAAGAUGAGUUCAGUGUUGACAAAGAAGCAUCCGCACAUAUCUCUGGUGACAAAUCAGGACUGAGUAAGGAGUUUGACCAAGAGAAGAAAGCUAAUGAUAGGUUGGAUACUGUACUAGAAAAGAGUGAAGAACAUGCUGAUUCAAAAGAACAUGCCAAGAAAACUGAAGAGGCUGGUGAUGAAGCAGAAACAUUCGGAUUAGGAGUAACCUAUGAGCAAGCUUUGACCAAAGAUUUGUCAAUACCAACAGAUGCAUCCUCCGAGAAAGCAGAGAAAGGUCUUAGUUCAGUGCCAGAGAUAACUGAGGUAGAACCAUCCAAAAGAGUAGAACAAGGUCUGGAUUUUGCUGUCCAGGGUCAACUAGAUGUUAAAAUUAGUGACUUUGGACAGAUGGCUUCAGGGCUAAACAUAGACGAUAGAAGGGCAACGGAGCUAAAACUUGAGGCUACACAGGACAUGACCCCCUCAUCCAAAGCACCGCAGGAGGCAGAUGCAUUUAUGGGUGUUGAGUCUGGCCACAUGAAAGAAGGCACCAAAGUUAGUGAGACAGAAGUCAAAGAGAAGGUGGCCAAGCCUGACUUGGUGCACCAGGAGGCUGUAGACAAGGAGGAGUCCUAUGAAUCUAGUGGUGAGCAUGAAAGUCUCACCAUGGAGUCCUUGAAAGCUGAUGAGGGCAAGAAGGAAACAUCUCCAGAAUCAUCUCUAAUUCAAGAUGAGAUUGCCGUCAAAUUGUCAGUGGAAAUACCUUGCCCACCUGCUGUUUCAGAGGCUGAUUUAGCCACAGAUGAGAGAGCUGAUGUCCAGAUGGAAUUUAUUCAGGGGCCAAAAGAAGAAAUCAAAGAGACCCCGGAUAUAUCCAUCACGCCUUCUGAUGUUGCAGAGCCUUUGCAUGAAGCAAUCGUAUCUGAACCAGCAGAGAUUCAGAGUGAGGAAGAAGAGAUAGAAGCCCAGGGAGAAUAUGAUAAACUGCUCUUCCGCUCAGACACCCUUCAGAUAACUGACCUGGGUGUCUCAGGUGCCAGGGAGGAAUUUGUGGAGACUUGCCCAGGUGAACACAAAGGAGUGAUUGAGUCUGUUGUGACCAUCGAGGAUGAUUUCAUCACUGUAGUGCAAACCACGACUGAUGAAGGGGAGUCAGGGUCCCACAGCGUGCGUUUUGCAGCCCUAGAGCAGCCUGAGGUGGAAAGGAGACCAUCUCCUCAUGAUGAAGAAGAGUUUGAAGUAGAAGAGGCAGCUGAAGCCCAGGCAGAACCCAGAGAUGGUUCCCCAGAGGCUCCAGCUUCCCCUGAGAGAGAAGAGGUUGCACUUUCUGAAUAUAAGACAGAAACCUAUGACGAUUACAAAGAUGAGACCACCAUUGACGACUCCAUCAUGGACGCUGACAGCCUCUGGGUGGACACUCAAGAUGAUGAUAGGAGCAUCAUGACAGAACAGUUAGAAACUAUUCCUAAAGAGGAGAAAGCUGAAAAGGAAGCUCGGAGAUCAUCUCUUGAGAAACAUAGAAAAGAAAAGCCUUUUAAAACCGGGAGAGGCAGAAUUUCCACUCCUGAAAGAAAAGUAGCUAAAAAGGAACCUAGCACAGUCUCCAGAGAUGAAGUGAGAAGGAAAAAAGCAGUUUAUAAGAAGGCUGAACUUGCUAAAAAAACAGAAGUUCAGGCCCACUCUCCCUCCAGGAAAUUCAUUUUAAAACCUGCUAUCAAAUAUACUAGACCAACUCAUCUCUCCUGUGUUAAGCGGAAAACCACAGCAGCAGGUGGGGAAUCAGCUCUGGCUCCCAGUGUAUUUAAACAGGCAAAGGACAAAGUCUCUGAUGGAGUAACCAAGAGCCCAGAAAAGCGCUCUUCUCUCCCAAGACCUUCCUCCAUUCUUCCUCCUCGCCGAGGUGUAUCAGGAGACAGAGAUGAGAAUUCCUUCUCUCUCAACAGUUCUGUCUCUUCUUCAGCACGGCGGACCACCAGGUCAGAGCCAAUUCGCAGAGCAGGAAAGAGUGGUACCUCAACACCCACUACCCCUGGGUCUACUGCCAUCACUCCUGGCACCCCACCAAGUUAUUCUUCACGCACACCAGGCACUCCUGGAACCCCUAGCUAUCCCAGGACCCCUCACACACCAGGAACCCCCAAGUCUGCCAUCUUGGUGCCGAGUGAGAAGAAGGUCGCCAUCAUACGUACUCCUCCAAAAUCUCCUGCGACUCCCAAGCAGCUUCGGCUUAUUAAUCAACCACUGCCAGACCUGAAGAAUGUCAAAUCCAAAAUCGGAUCAACAGACAACAUCAAAUACCAGCCUAAAGGGGGGCAGGUACAAAUUGUUACCAAGAAAAUAGACCUAAGCCAUGUGACAUCCAAAUGUGGCUCUCUGAAGAACAUCCGCCACAGGCCAGGUGGCGGACGUGUGAAAAUUGAGAGUGUAAAACUAGAUUUCAAAGAAAAGGCCCAAGCUAAAGUCGGUUCUCUUGAUAAUGCUCAUCAUGUACCUGGAGGUGGUAAUGUCAAGAUUGACAGCCAAAAGUUGAACUUCAGAGAGCAUGCUAAAGCCCGUGUGGACCAUGGGGCUGAGAUCAUUACACAGUCCCCAGGCAGAUCCAGCGUGGCAUCACCCCGACGACUCAGCAAUGUCUCCUCGUCUGGAAGCAUCAACCUGCUCGAAUCUCCUCAGCUUGCCACUUUGGCUGAGGAUGUCACUGCUGCACUCGCUAAGCAGGGCUUGUGAAUAUUUCUCAUUCAGCAUUGAAAUAAUAGUAUUUAGGCAUGAGCUCUUGGCAGGAGUGGGCUCUGAGCAGGUGUUAUAUUCAUUCUUUAUAAACCAUAAAAUAAAUAAUCUCAUCCCCAAACUGUAGUAAUUGUUACAAUUUUAUAUUAAAAAAUGAAUAGUACAUGCAGAAAUUGACCUGAUUUCCAUUUGCAACAGGAAGACACUGGCUUUACAUGGGUUCAAUUGGACAAUUAUUUUUGCUCUGCUCUGUUUUGCAUGGAGUAUUAUUAUUUCAAAAAUUGCAUUUUUACCUUUCAUGUGCCUGAAGGCUAUCCACUACAUUCUGAAGGCCUUGUUAAAAUCCAAGCUGCUCAUUUCACUAUUCUGUUUCUGAGUGAGAAGAAAAAAACUGCCCAUUGUAACUUAUUUCAGGUUAAAUUAAACCAAGGAGUCUGAUUGCAGGAAGGGAAGAGCAUGUAAGAAAUAAGUUUUUUUAAAGUGUUAUUUUGUAUAAAUGGGAAGAAAGAUUCAAUUAAGUUAUUAACAUUUGGGACCUGGAUAAUUAUAUCAGAGUAUGUCAAUCCAAUAAAUUAUUUAACUAAUUAAAAAAUAGUUGCAAAGCAUUUGAGCUGUGAUUGAGGAAGUGGUGUAAAAGUGCAUCCCUUAGGAAUGAUGCACUUUCAUUAGGAUGGACUCGUGUCUGAUUAGAAUAUCAGUUGGUCAGCUAGAUUUGUGUCCACACUACCAGUUUCACACCCCCUUUCCAUCUGUUUGAUACAGUAUUAUAGAUAUAAAUAUAUAUAUAUAUAUUUCUCUGUGGCCAUUUGUGAUACUUCCUCAUAUACUUGAAUAUUACACUUCUUUAUUCACAGUAUCUGUGUCUCCUGCACCCUUCGGUGUUGCAAUUUUAGGUAUGUGAAAGUAGAUGUUAGCAGGGUUCUCUCCCUAUUUAAAAAAAAUACAUUAAAAAAGACAAAAAAUCUUAGCAUGAAGUUGCUUUCCGUAACAACUCAAAGCCGUAACCCUGUUUUAGUGCCAGAUACAAGUCUCUCCCGUGAUGCUAGAAAAAAAAUUAUUUUUCUUUGCUUUCACCAACAUGGAGUUUGUGGGGGUGGGUCCAGUUAUACAUGAAAGGGUUUACAGAUUGUUGGUUUAAGACUAUGGAUUUAUCUCAUUUUUAAUCACAAGAUAGUUUGGGGUUUAUUCACGAAACCGACUUAAGAUUUUUUCUUUAUUUUUCUUUUUUUUUCCAUUUGCUAAAGUUGAAAGUUGAAACUAACUGUAAUAGUUUGAAACAUGUUUUCUCAUUUUUCCAAAUAGUAUCUGUUUAUUAAAUUCUCUAAUAGAAGAUGUUUGUCUUUCUUACCCAAAGUAAAGGUCCCCUGAUCGGAAAGAAAAAAUACAAUACUUUGGGAAGCUAUAGCUAUACAACACUUGAGACACAGAUAUCUAAAUCAGUUUUUUUCCAAGACUCCAACAUUGCACUCUGUAAAGUAACACAGUGUGAUCUAGUAUUAUUUAUCAGUAGAUAAUACUGUUCUGACUGUAUAUACAGUCUAGAACUCACAAAUCAAUUAAUUGCUCUCACAAAUCAUUCAUCUUAGACUCACAAAUAAGGAAUGAAAUAGUCAAUGGCCUGAUUGAGGCAAAGAGCUACCAGGCUAGAUGGACACUUUUUAGAAUUUUGUCUGUUCUUUUUCUUGCUCAGGGCUGGUAGGUUGGAUCUGAACCAUUAAAAUCAAAUGGUCCACUAGGCGUAUGAUCUCUUUGAGCCAAAUCAGUUCCUGAAUAUAAAGGAGGAAAUGAUGAGGAUGGACUGAGGCAACGGGGAAGUAUAGAAACAUCCAAGACAAAAGCCAAGGGAUGCAAAGGCAGAGACACAGGUGCUUUUUGGUGACCCAGUGGAUAUGGCAACCAGUGUAACUGCCAUACAAGAAACCCUAGGAGCAAACCCACACCACUCAUUCUCAGCUAAGAGAUUUACACAGGCAAACGUGUCUUAAACCAUUUAUAAAUCAGUUAUUUUAUAUGACAGUCAAAACCUUAGAAACCUUAGGAUCAUUAUAUCUAUUUUCUGCCUAUUAAUUGCUGUGAGGUUUGAUUUGACCAAUCUGGGCAGUUUAUUCAUCAGCUUCCCUUGAAGUGCACCAGAAAAUAGAAGAAAGGUGUGUGGAGACUUAGGGUAUUUUAUUACAUGUUUUGAUAGUCUUAAAUAGUGAUUAAAUUUCUCUAGAAAGAAGUUAACAGCUCAUUAGAAAAGUUUUAACCUGUGAAAUAAGUAUUUUUCUCAACAUUCUUUAAAGUUUUUAUAUAAGUUAACACUAGGUAAACAUUCUACAUACUAAAAGUCAGUUUAUUACAAAUACAUGUCAAAAAUAAAGAUUAUACAAGGCACCAAACUACUAGAUUUGGCAUUAAAACAAAUGUUUAUUUCUAAUCACAACAAAAUUAUAAUGAACAAAUGUUAUUGCUUUGUAUGGAAAUACAAUUCUUUAUUAAAGUUAACAGAAAGGAACUGAUCGUUUGUACCAGUAAAAGAGAGAAACACACAGGUUAAAUGUCUUCUUGUGGGGUUAAGGGGUAGAACCUAUCUUGCCUUCACUCUCAAGAUAACGACUCAAAUUAAGCUUUUUGAGCACCACUCUUGUGGGGACACACAUACGCUGAUCUAAGAAUGAAAUCUUCGUGGUCUCAAUUCUAGAUCUACUAUGCCAGUUUCUCUUUGGCUUUAGCCUUUGAGAACCUGUAUAAGAAUACGUAAGUAAUCCAGAGCUGUGAAGAGUUAAAAGGCCACCUUCUCCAGUGAACUCACCCUCUGGGUCACUUGCAACCAGAAAUUGGGUACCUCAUAAUGAUGCAGGAAAGACCCGAGUUCAUGAUGAGUUUCAAAGGCCACGUUCAUUUAGGAACCAACUCUCUCUGGAUUCACCUGCUGAGUUCCAGCAGCGUGAUGGGCUGACAUCCCACCUACAAGCAUGACACCUGUGUAACACCAGCUAGGUACGGCUGAAGAAGGCUGAAGAGAGAAUGCCAUUAAAUGGAAGAAUGUACUGAUUGUAGUGACCUUCUCCACACACACACAGACACACACCCCUACAGUAAUACAGCAAGUGUGGAAUAAUCAGCCAAUAUAUAACAUUAUAUCAGUAUUUUAUUAAAGAAAUAAUCUGAAUGUGGUUGAUUUUGACAAAGCUGAAAUUACAGUUUUCUUCUAUUUUUCAAGCCACAAUAAGGAGAAUAAACUAAUGGUCUAAAUACCAGAGAUAAAGUAGAUUCAUGGCUUGGUAAGGAAAUUUUAAGCAUUCCUUCAAAGAUUGACGUGCUAAAAUAAGCAUUGAUGUUUUGAGUUUUUUUACACCUAGGAUUUUCAGCUUGGGUGUGUAGGUGAAGGCCAAGACCCUCUGCAGGAAAAAGCUUAUUUUCAAACUCAGAAAAUAAAAUGCCAAUCAUAAAAAUCUGCUUCAACUUUAGCAAAAAGAAAAAAAAAAAUCAACAAAAAGUAUACUCUGUAUGCUGGGAUUCCGAGGUUCCAACACACUGUUACAAAUCUGUGGGGGGGGGGGUUCUUUCUUCUGAUAAUUCUAGAGCCUGUUACCAUAGAAAGGCAUUUCUUCAAUGGCUGGUUGUAGUUAGUUCAUGUUUUUCAAUCAAAUUUGCAAAUGUAUUCGUUGCUGUAUAGUGAUUGUUUUGCAAAAUAAAAUUGCUUGUCACCUAACUGCUA